AUGGAAACGGUCAGCCGGCUGAUUGGGGCAAGUGGUCGAGAGUGGUCGAGAGUGCCGGCCUCUUGGCUUGAAACCACCACACCGGCAGACCCGUGGCCGGCCACUGCCGAGAGAGACGGAAAGGAUUCCAGCUACUGUGAGGGCGUUGCGCAAGCGAGAUCGAUCGAGGGCAAAAAUGGAAAUCAGAUGCGUGAAGCGAUGGAAUAG